AUGUUUAACCUGGAGAAGAGGAAGCUCAGUGGGAUGUGGAAAGUGCCUCCACCGAUUCCCAGGUCCGUUUCGGGAAAGGAGGAUGGGAUUUAUCUUGCAUUUCCCCGGGGAACAGCUAGCACCAAAGCCUUGAAGUUCCAGGAGAAGACACCGUUGCACCGGAACCCCUCGAGCCUCGCCAAGGUGAACCCCAUCAUGUACUUCGACAUCAUCGUCGAUGGCGAUCCCUUGGGCCGCGUCACCUUUGAGCUGUUUGCAGACAAAGUUCCAAAGACGGCAGAAAACUUUCCUGUUCUGAGCACUGGGGAGAAAGGAUUUGGUUACAAAGGUUCCUCCUUUCACAGAAUUAUUCCGGGAUUUAUGUGCCAGGGUGGUGACUUCACACCCCGUAAUGGCACCGGCGGCAGGUCCAUCUGUGGGGAGAAAUUUGAUGAUGAGAAUUUCAUCCUGAAGCACACGGGUCCUGGCAUCUUGUCCAUGGCAAAUGCUGGACCCAACCCAAAGGUUCCCAGUUUUCAUCCGCACUGCCAAGACGGAGUGGUUGGAUGGCAAGCGCGUGUCUUCGGCCAGGUGGAAGGGGGCAUGGAUGUUGUGACAGCCAUGGAGAGCUUGGGGUCCAGGAAUGGCAAGACCAGCAAACAGGUCACCAUUGCUGACUGUGGACAACUCUCAUAA